CCUCUCUCUCUCCCUUUCUCUAACAUAAAUAUUCGAUAUUAGUCAUCACUACCCUCUUUCUCCUAUGGAUUCCACUCAUCAAAAUACUACUACUACUACUACUAAAGCAGGAGAAGGUAAUGCUUCUUCCGUUGAUCGCACCCAUUCAUCUGUCAAACCGACGCGACAACAUAAUGAUAACAAGAAACCACAACACCAACGGCGAUACAGGAGAAAGAAACAAAACGAUAAAGAUGAUAAUAGCAAGAAGGAGAACAAAAAGGAUAAUAACUCUUUAGAUGAUAGUGAUGAUCAAGAGGAUAAUGAUACUUGUUUUAUUUGUACUGAACCCAUUGUUACUUAUGCUCUCUCAGCUUGUAAUCAUCGUACAUGUCAUCUCUGUGCUCUUCGUCUCCGAACUCUAUAUCAUACCAAGAAUUGUGUUUAUUGUAACACGGAACAAAAGACACUCAUGUUUACCAAAGAUCCUGUGAAACCCUUUGAAGCAUUUACUAAGAAGGAUUAUUUUUGUGUGGACAAGAAAUUGGACAUUCGAUUUGAAGAUACUCAGAUUCAUCAAGAUACCAUGCUUUUAUUACAAUUCAAUUGUCCAGAACCCAAUUGUGCUGUGGCUUGUGAUAACUGGAAUGAACUCAAGAAACAUACAGCGAAGGAUCAUAAUCUCGUUUUAUGUGAUCUGUGUAUCAAAAACAAAAAGAUCUUUGCUCAUGAACAUACUUUAUAUACCGCAGCUCAACUCAAUAAACAUCACAAAUAUGGUGAUAAAGAAGCUUUGAACAAGGAUGAUGACUCAGGAUUCAAAGGCCAUCCAGAAUGUGGAUUCUGUCGUAAACGAUUCUAUGGUGAUGAUGAAUUAUAUAUUCAUUGUAGGGACAAGCAUGAACAGUGUCAUAUUUGUGUUCGUAAUGGCUUCCGACAUGAAUAUUAUCCUGAUUACAAUGGAUUGGAAAAACAUUUUGAUCAAAAACAUUAUCUUUGUCUUUAUCGUGAAUGUUUGGAUAAGAAGUUUAUUGUGUUCGAAUCUGAACUUGAUUUGAAAGCUCACGAGGUUGAAGUACAUGGAGCUUCUGGACGUGUAGAUCUUAGUUUUGAUUAUGGAUCUCAACAUGCUAGUAGUAGCGGUCGUGGCAAAAAUAAGCAAAAAGUACAACAACAGCAGCAGCAACAACAACAACAACAACAACAACAGCAACAGUCUUCUUCGUCAUCUGCUGCACCAGCCUUAUCUUCCUCUGAUUUCCCAAGUAUCAAUGGUGAUAUUCCGUCAUCUGAACGUACAAUUCCUGGUCAGCCCAAAAAGAAAAAUAAUGCUCAAAACACAAGAUUACAAAAGCCAAAGGGUUUUGGCUCUUUAUCUAGAAACGAUGAAGAACAAUGGCCUGGACUUGGACAACCUUCUACUUCCAAUCCAUCCAAUAGUAAUACAACUCGUACAAUUACCACGACUUCAACAGAAGAAGAUGCAACGAUCAAACAACGUCAUGCUAAUGUGCUGAUGAAACUUGGACGAUUAUUGAAUGGACCCAAUAGUGUUGAACAAUUCCGUGCUCUUACUACGUCUUAUCGCAAUAAUAGCUUGGAUAUCAAGGAUUACGUGGAUGAAAUCAUCAGCUUGUGUGGAAAUGAUACGACCAAAGCAACAUCAGUUUUGAAAGAUGUGGAAGAAUUGAUGGAUAAUCAUGAAAAGAAACGUGAAAUUAUGCAAGCCUGGAGGAACACUCAAGCCAAUCUUCAAAAUUUCCCAGCAUUAACUCCAUUGAAUGAAAAUCAAGUCACUGGUCAUGGUACAUCAAAACGAGUAUUAGUAAUUAAGGGUGGAAGCACUCGUGUAGGUGGAACAAGAACAACAAGUAAAUCCAAAGCAGGUGUAUGGGAUCGUGUAGCAAAUGCGGCGGCUCAUGGAACAACUAUGAUCGAUGCUUCUUCAAGAGGCCCAUCCCCACGUGGCUCACCCGUCUCAUCCAGAUCAAGUUCACCCAUUUCAUCAGCAAAGAAAUCAAUGGAAGAAGAUUUCCCAGUGAUUAGUCAACAGUUCCCUUCUUUACCUACAUCUCGUCGACCUCAUCCUACCGUACUGAAUAUGCGCCGUAACAAUAAUAAUGGAUCUGCAUGGUCAUCAUCUGAAAAGGAAAAUGAAAAUGAAUCUAUGGAAUCUGGCAACACAGAUCACGACACAUCAUCUCUUGACAACAAGAAAAAGAAGGGCAAGAAAGGAAAACAGGUUUUAUUCCGUGUUGGAUUGUAG